AAAUAUAAGUAGUCGACAUGUUUAAAAGAUAUUAUUAGUCAUGUAAUGGAAAAUAUGUGUUUCCCAUACCAUAAACACUUUACCCUCAGAAUAUGACACAGAUAACGAUUAUAAAUACUUACUCAGCAUAGCGUGCUGUGGUUUAUCAAUCAACAUAACGCGUUAUAACAUGUUUACAGACGGAGAUAACGGCAAUAUGAAACCUCGAAAGGUAGGUGUAUUGUACUGUGUAUUGUACAUUGCAUCACUGCUGGUCAACGAUACGCGCCUUCCGAAAAAAUGUGUAACGUAAGUUUCUGUGUGGAAUACAACGGGCCUAGAGCCAAGCGUGACGAAUGUGUUGUUUGUGGGGCUACAAUACAGACCAAAGGCUGCUUAAAGAUGGGUUGUUUUAGCGAAGAUAACCAAGAGGAGCAACAAUGGUAUCACUUCAAGUGUUUCUGGCAGGGCAGCAAAUACAAACAUAUCUUAAUGCAAGAAGAUCCGAACUGUCCGUCGUUUGAAGGAUAUGUUGAACUGAAAUCAACAGACAAACGCAAAAUAGGUUCAGCAUUGAAGGAACUUCAAAAACAUUCAUCUGAAGGUACAGGAAUAGCUCACGGGUUAAAGAGUGGUACAACGAACAAAGACAAAGCCUCUUCCUCAAGCUCUUCAUCAGCUACCAGGCUGGAGACCAAAACGACACGUCUGAAAAGACCAAGUGGUAAACAUAUGUUCCGUAUUCAUAAAGACUCCAUGAAGUAUAUACAAAUCAAAAGAUACAGGCAAGGUGUGUUUGUUACUUUAACCGAGUUUUACUGGAACGAGUCGGUCAAGUCAUGGCUGCCCACCUCAACUAGCAUUCGUUUGUCCAUCACGGAAUGGGAAGAACUUUACAAGGGUCGAAAUGCCAUAGACAGUGCGAUUCAAACCGCAGAAAGAAACCUGGACGAGCCACCGCAAAAGAAAAAGAGAGACAUUACCGGUACAGCUACAUCAGAAAAUAACCUUAGAGGUACAGCUACAUCAGAAAAUAACCUUAGAGAUGACAUGGUGCUGACCUUGUCGGGUACAAGACCAGUUUGUGUGAGGACACACAUUCUAAACGACGCUAAACAAGUUGUAGUAGCUAUCGGCUUCCCAGGAACCAUCACCUACACGGACGGAAAGCCCACACUGAUGGACUGCAUGCCGGUUUCCCUGACAACGGACGAAUGGGCAAACCUGAUGCAACUCCGACCGGAAAUAAAUGAUGACAUUUCUGAUAGUUUUGAUGUGUACUGUCUUGAUGUUUGAUAUCUAGUAACGUGUCUUUUCCAGUAGAUUAUUUUAAACAUAAAUUCAGCUCUAAUGAAUACUUGUUAAUGGUUCAUUAAAAAUCCGGAAGUUAAUACAUUUCUUGGAGAUUAAAUCAUUGUGUUUUUGAUUAUACAUCAUCUACUUUCGUCUAAACUCAGCCUACUGCUUGUAUUAAAACAAGGAAUUCCCAGUAAAAUGUCUCGCUUUUUGUCAGUAAUCUGUACUGUAUAUCAUAAUGUGAUAGAAAACUUUCAAUUGGUCUAUUUUUAUUUGUUUUGUUUUGUUUAUCAUAACCUUAUUACUUACUGAAAUUAAGCAAUGAAAAUAAACUGGCAAUAUA